CUGGGACGGCAUGGAUCUCGGAAAACUGGAGAGAGACAAUACAGGGCGCUGUCGUCUGAACUCACCUGUGCCCUCAGUGUGUCGCAAGGAGCCGUGCGUCCUGGGUGUCGAUGAAGCGGGCCGGGGCCCGGUGCUGGGCCCCAUGGUCUAUGCCAUUUGUUAUUGUCCUCUAUCACGCUUGGCAGAUCUGGAGGCCCUGAAAGUGGCAGACUCAAAGACCCUGACGGAGAGCGAGCGGGACAGGCUUUUUGCGAAAAUGGAGGAGGAUGGGGACUUUGUGGGCUGGGCACUGGACGUGCUGUCUCCAAAUCUCAUCUCUACCAGCAUGCUUGGGCGGGUCAAAUACAACCUGAACUCUCUGUCCCAUGAUACAGCCACUGGGCUGGUUCAGUUUGCGUUGGACCAGGGUGUGAAAGUUGCUCAGGUAUUUGUGGACACUGUGGGACUGCCAGAGACAUACCAGGAGCGGCUGCAGCAACGCUUUCCCAGCAUUGAGGUGACAGUCAAGGCCAAGGCAGAUGCCCUCUACCCCGUGGUCAGUGCUGCCAGCAUCUGUGCCAAGGUGGCCAGAGACCAGGCCGUGAAGAACUGGAAAUUUGUGGAAAAACUAAAGGAUCUGGACACUGAUUAUGGCUCAGGCUACCCCAAUGAUCCUAAGACAAAAGCAUGGUUGAGAAAGCAUGUGGAGCCCGUGUUCGGCUUUCCCCAGUUUGUCCGGUUCAGUUGGCGCACAGCCCAGAGCAUCCUGGAGAAGGAAGCAGAAGACGUUAUGUGGGAGGACUUGUCGACAGGGGAUCAGGAGGGACUAGGGAGGAUCACAUCCUAUUUCAGGGAAAGCCCUCGAAACCGCCCACGCCUAUCCCACCGGUACUUCCAGGACCGUGGCCUAGAGUCAGCCACCAGUCUCUAGGAGUCAGCCUGUACCCCUUUUACCAUCCCCCCAGCUUGUGAUUAAAAUUGCUUAAGGAAAA